CCUGCCUACCCAGCGGCCUCAUCCAGCAGUUCCACAGCCACAACCGCAACCUAUUCAUGGUUACUACCCACCCCAUCAACAACCAAGUCAACCAUUGCCGCAGCCUCAUGGUUAUUACCCACCCCAUCAACAACCAAAUCAACCACCACCACAGCCGGAACAUCCACCAGUACCUACCAGUUACGGAUGGCUAUGUGACCCAAGUGAGCAAACUCAUUACAAACAACUCAAGCCAAGGCUUUACGAUCAACAACCGUCAAUCGCCUAUCCCGGAGGUUUCUGUCGAAUCCCAGACACCAACGUGUGCGUUUGUCGACGCGGUGAAGAGGCCAUCAAUGGGCAAUGCCAGAGGAUUGA